GAGGGAUCGUCCCUUCCGCCACAACAAUUUCCUGAUUGGUGACAAUGACAACUGACUAGAGUCCGGGUGCGACUGGGGCGUGGAUUCGCACUUUUCCUGUCGUAUCGCCUUGGUGGGUCAUCGACGGGCACUCGGACGGGCCGCUGACAGUACAGUCGCAUUUCCCGCGGCAGGCGGAAAUUGCACGGUUGGCAAGAUAGGGGCGAAUAUAGGAUGAGCUUAUGACACAAGCUAGACGAAGCGGGUCUAGCGCGGGAGUGAUCAAAAGUGUAUCCGCUCGCCCCUGAGGUCAGCAAGACUGGUCUCCUUCAACGCCCAUCAUCACCUCCAGCAAUACCGUUCACGAACGAUGCCACGCCUUCUCAUCCUCGGGUCGACCGGGCCUUCCGGCCUUGAACUCGUGCGCGCCGCGCUCAAAGAUAUCCCUGAUGCGCAACUGGUCCUCUACGUCCGCUCGCCUCAGAAGCUUUCGGAGGAGAUCAAGUCGAACCCCUCUAUCACCAUAGUCGAGGGCACGCUCGAAGACACCGCCGCGGUCGAGCGCGCCCUCGAGGGCGUCGACGCCGUCCUGUCCGCCCUCGGCCCCGUCGGCGCCUCACACCCAAAGGACACGCCGAUCGCCAAGUUCUACAGCAGGCUGCUGAAGCAGAUGCGCGAGCGCGGCAUCAAGCGCUUCCUCGUCCUCGGAACGGCGUCCGCGCCCGACCCGGAGCACGAUCGCUUCAGCAUCGGGCACAAGGCGAUGGUGCUCGCCGUGUACAUGCUCAUGUACGGGUCAUACAAGGAGUUCUACACGCUGGGCGAAAUCCUGCGCGGGCCGGAGGCGGAGGACAUCGACUGGACGAUGGUGCGGGUGCCGUAUCUGUCGCAGGAGGAUAGAACGGACACGGUUGCGGGCUAUGUUGGGGAUGGGAAGGUCGGCUUGAAGUUAGCGAGGAAGGGCUUUGCGAAGUUUAUGGUGGACGAGCUGAAGAACAGGCAAUGGGUUCGCAAGAUGCCGGAGGUCUCGAACGCGUAGAUGGAUGCAGUAGUUACCGUGUCUUUCCCCUGCAUUCUAUGUACUCUCGGUUCACGACGAGGAGAUCUCGCAGUCGCGUUGCAUGUAUUUUCGCAAGUACUCCUCGAGUGCAAGCGAUGGUUGAUUAAGUAAAUUUCUCAUUGGGCACUCUAGUCUCUUACCUGCGCCCAAGACGCCUAUCCUAGUUGCGACCCUUCGGUAGCAUAUACACUGGAUCAUAUUGGCUAACAUCACGGAGGUGCGUAAUUACAUGGGAAAAGAGCAGUAGACGC